AUGUCGAAGAAUUCCAAUAAGCAGAAGCCUCAAGGGGGCUCGGCCCCGAAGCAAACCCCUGCCAAUGGUUCUGAUCCUCAACUUCGCCAGCAGAUCCGUUCGGAGAUCCGCCAGUGUUCUAAACAUCUGGCAAGGGAGGAGGUGCCGCAAUCCCCAAAGGCUAACCAUGCUCGCAAAGAGCCUACAAAGAGGAGCCCUGUGAAGAUUUGCCAGCAAGAUUCCAACCCUAAAUCUGUCUCCCAGCCGCGUAUGGAGGACAGAUCAAAAGCACACCAGGAGCCCCCUACUUUACUCGACUCGACGUUAGAAACUGACUCUGAACUAUCAUCAGAAGAUAGAUCUACUGAUUUGGUUUCCCUUAAUUCAUCUAGUGACAGUACUGAACAAAACCAUGCUAAGGGAUUGGAUAAUGCUAUCUUGCAAGGCAUGUUGCCCACUUAGAUCUUUAUGGCAUUUAAUUUUUAACAAGAAGCAUAGAUUUCCAAAAACAUCUUAACAGAGCUGAAUUUGAGAAAUAUUCCCGCUCAACAGAAGAUGCAAUACACCCAAUACCGUCUUUGGAGGACCAAGUGCAGUUUUUGAAUGACAGUAAUAAGGAUGAUCAGACUAGCAACUCGCCACUUUAACCUACUAAUCUUGAGCAUUCAGUCCUGGUUUCGCCUGCUCUUGGGGAUGCCGGAUAUAAUAUGCCCUCCCAGUCAGCCCUUCUUGGUCAGCUCAGCUCUCAGCAGGUGAAAAAAAUGCCGGACAGAAGAGUCUUGCUUAAUACUAAUAUCCCAUUCUCUGCCUUCAUUUGCGGGCUUCAAGGAAGUGGGAAAUCGCAUACCAUAUCGUGUAUUAUUAGUAGGCAAUCAACG